CUUGCAUCUCACCGUCGCUGGUCUUCAACUGGGCCUGAACUGCAUCUGAACAAGGAACGACACUGGACGUCUACGCUCAGCUGCUGUCAACAUGACUAGCAAGGCAGAACCUCUGUCAAUCGAGUCGCUGCUGCAAAAGCAGCGCGCGGAGAAGGAAGCGGCGUCGAAGCCCAAAUUCCUUUCCAAAGAAGAGCGCGCGAAGCUUGCCAUAGCGAAGCGUGCAGCAGAGAUACGUGAACAGAAGGAGAAAGAAGAACGCGCAAGAAAGGAGCGCGAGGAUCUCGAGCGUCAGGCAGAGGAGAUCCGACGGACUACUGGAGGGGGGAGAUUUGAUGAGCGCUACUCGUCAAGGCCAGACUACAGGGACCAGGAUCGUGAUCGCGACCGUGGCGGCUCUCGAAGGGACCGCGGUGGCUACAGAGGUCGUGACCGCGACAGAGACAGGGACUAUCGCGAUCGGGAUGCUCCCCGAGAACGCGACGCGCGCGAUAGCAGGCGACAGGACUACGACAAUGUCCCGACAGGUCCACGAGCCGACCGUGGCAAACCAGGCGGCUCGAUGCCCCCUCCCCCUCCUCCCGGUGCCAACAACACCUCAUCCUCUGGUUCCGCCGAAGCAGACCCAAAUGCGACGUACACGCCGCAGCUCACCAACGACGACUUGUCUGCAAUCCGGUCGAGGUAUCUUGGCGUCGACCGCAAGAAGCGCAAAAUCCGCAAGAUGAACGACCGCAAAUUCGUAUUCGACUGGGAUGCGCAAGACGACACCGCAGCGGACGCUACACCUGUUGCCGCGGCUGAUGGUCAAGCAGGCGGCUCCCUCAUGUUCGGGCGCGGCCACGUCGCCGGUAUGGACAUGUCGGGCGGAGACAACCACGCGGACGCUAUGGAGAGGAGGCGGGCCGCAAAGAGCGGAAUGGACGAGCGACACUGGUCUGAGAAAGCACUACACGAGAUGAAGGAGCGAGAUUGGCGAAUUUUCCGCGAGGAUUUCAGCAUUGCUGCGCGUGGCGGACAGAUCCCACAUCCUCUUCGAUCAUGGCAAGAAUCGGAUAUUCCGUCGUCUAUCUUGGACGUCAUUGAGACCAUCGGCUAUAAGGAGCCGUCACCUAUCCAGCGGCAAGCCAUUCCUAUUGGUCUGCAGAACCGUGAUAUCAUCGGUAUUGCUGAGACUGGUUCCGGAAAGACGGCAGCUUUUGUCAUUCCCUUACUUGCGUUCAUCUCAGCAGUUGCUCCUCUCACCGAUGAAAAUCGACACCUGGGCCCCUUCGCUCUCAUUCUUGCACCAACACGCGAACUGGCUCAGCAGAUCGAGGUUGAGACGCGCAAGUUCGCCAGCGGCUUGGGAUAUACCUGCGUGUCCAUCGUCGGUGGACGCUCGGUUGAGGAGCAACAGUUCAACCUUCGUGAAGGUGCCGAAAUCAUCAUCGCAACACCCGGUCGUCUUAAGGAUGUCCUCGAGCGCCACGUCCUCGUCCUCAGCCAAUGUCGCUACGUCGUCAUGGACGAAGCUGACCGAAUGGUCCACCUCGGUUUCGAGCCCGACCUAAACUUCAUCCUCGACCAAUUACCAGCAGAGACAAUGGAAGGCGAGGAAUCCGGCGACAUGAUGGUCGUGGACGACAACCGCAAGCACCGACAUGACGACCAUGCCAUGGACAUCGACGGCGAGCAGCGGAUGAAGUUGGUGAAGAAGGGCCGCACGCGUGUGACGACGUUAUUCAGUGCGACGAUGCCACCUGCUGUCGAGCGGCUUGCGAGGAAGUACUUGCGAAGGCCAGCGAUCAUCACGAUUGGUGAGGCGGGUCGCGCGGUCGAUACCGUCGAGCAGCGCGUCGAGUUUGUCAAUGGGGAUGAGAAGAAGAAACAUCGCCUCCUCGAGAUCCUCAACAGCGGGCAGUACCCAUCGCCCAUCAUCGUCUUCGUCAACCAAAAGAAGAUGGCGGACAUGGUCGCCAAGGAUCUCGGCCGCGCAGGAUGGUCCGCUUCCACGCUGCACUCCGGCAAGAACCAGGAGCAGCGCGAGGCCGCUCUUGCGUCGCUGCGGUCCGGGGAGGCCGACAUCCUCGUCGCGACCGAUCUUGCUGGUCGUGGUAUCGACGUGCAGGACGUCAGCUUGGUUGUCAACUUCCAGAUGGCGGGCACUAUCGAGGCAUAUGUGCAUCGUAUCGGUCGUACUGGUCGUGCGGGCAAGCUGGGAACUGCCAUCACAUUCCUCACGAAUGAGGACGAUGAGGUUAUGUACGACCUCAAGCAAGAAAUCUCGAAGAGCCCGGUCAGCAAGGUGCCCGUCGAGCUCGCCAAGCACGAAGCCGCGCAACACAAAGUCACGCGGGAUAUGAAGAGGAAGAGGGAUCCGGAUGACAUUGGUUGAGAGAUUGGGACUUCUGAGCGCUUGUAAUGUAUGCUUUGCUGUAUGCACAUCGCUGAUGGCUGCAGACCAGUGGCGACGAACCGAACUGGCUGUGUCUGUUACCCGUA